UUUCCGCCUUUCUCCUGUCUCACGUUUGCGCCUCUACCCAUUGCUCUGUUUGCCUCUCUAAACAAAACCCUCAAAUCGUUUGCUCUCCUCAAAUCGUUUGCUCUGUUUGCCUCUCUAAACAAAACCCUCAAAUCGCUUGCUCUCCUCAAAUCGGUUUGCCUCUCUAAAAAAAACCCUCAAAUCGUUUGCUCUCCUCAAAUCGUUUGCUCUAUUUGCCUCUCUAAACAAAACCCUCAAAUCGUUGAUACCACAUUUGCGGCGCAACCCACAAAACCCUCAGAGCCCGGCGCACCCACAAACACUCAGAGCCUGGCGCACCUACAACCUCAAAUUGGAGGCGCUUCUUCUCAUCCAAUCCACUUGUCGGUGCCGCUCUCUAGCUUAUUCUCUUCCAAUCCAUAUUCAAAUCAGCGGCGCACUUAUAUCCAAUCCAACUCGGCGGCGUUUCAUCUCUUCCCGGACGACUCGGCGGUGCUUCUUCUCUUCCAUUCUAAAUCGGCGGUGCCACCCACAAUCUUCAGUUGUUUUAUUUUGAACAUGUUAACGUUGAAAUUGACGUUGAACAUGUUUCCAAACGACAUCGACCACAUAUUUGUUUUUGGGGAAAAGAGGAAGUUAAGCAAAGGAUGCUGAAAUUACAUUCAAUUGGAGGUUUUGAUAGUCCUAAGUUAGUAGUAACACAAAUGGAGGGUGGAUAUGAGACUGCCAAUAUCCCAUUGGAAAAGCAAUGUAUUAAUCAGUCUCAUGCUAUGCCAUGUAGGGAUGAACACAAGCCAAAUAUGGAUUCUGAUGAAGCAACUCGUAGAUUUGAGCAAUCAUUAACAAGUAUUAGAGAUGAUAUGCUAGUUUUGCAUAACACCAUGAAUGUCAUUGCAAAAAAUAUGGAAACAUUUAAGAAAGAUAUUGUUUUGGAGUUGAAGAAUGUCAUUGCAAACAAUACGGAAACAUUUAAGAAUGAGAUUGUUUUGGAGUUAAAGAAUGUGUUUGCAAACAAUACGGAAACAUUUAAGAAUGAUAUUUGUUUGGAGUUAAAGAAUGUAGCAAAAAGGGAACGUACUGGACAUACCAUUGAUUUGGACCUAAAUGAUAUCGUAGAAGACCUUAAAAAUGAGACAAAGGUGCUGCCUAAGAAAGAGUCUACAUCUCUAGUCCAAGAAAAAAUGGACCACGAUGAUAUAGUUCAUGUUAAAAAAGAAUCUAAGAAAGAGUCUACAUUUCCAAUUCAAGACAAAAGGCACCAAGAUGAUACAUCCAAACCUAUUUGUUUGGAGUUAAAAAAUGUAGCAAAAAGGGAAUAUACUGGACAUACCAUUGAUUUGGACCUAAAUGAUAUUGUAGAAGAGCUUAAAAAUGAGACAAAUGUGCUGCCUAAGAAAGAGUCUACAUCUCCAGUCCAAGACAAAAUGGACCAAGAUGAUACAGUUCAUGUUAAAAAAGAAUCUAAGAAAAAGUCUACAUCUCCAGUUCAAGACAAAAUGCACCAAGAUGAUACAAUACCCAUUAAAAGAGAAUUUAAGACGGUGUCACCAUCUCCAAUACAAGACACAAUAGAGAAUGACCGCAAUGUGAGGAUGGUUGGGCUAAGCAAAUCCAUACAAGAACCUGGUAGCAAAACAGUCCUAUCUCGUAAUGUGGAUGUGGAUAUGCUACAAUUAACUUUCUCACAUAACAAUAGAAUUAUUGCAUCAUGUGUUACACAUUCUGCCAAGAGUAAAGUCACUAAAUCUCUAAAACGUAGCCCAAUUGUCACCUCCCAAGUUGUAGUUCCGAAUUUGAAAAAGAUGAAAAAAAUCAAAGAUACGUCUCAGGAAUCUAGACUGGUUGAUGAGGAGAGUAUCAAUGAGUUCGCACCAUUUACUGAAUUGGAGAAGAUCAUAUGCAAUUAUAUUUUCAAUAAGGAUCUAGAUGGGAGUGAAGUUCUUGCUAGCAUGAAAUAUGAGUAUGGUGAUAGUGCGGUUUUUUUUUCAUUGCUCCCUAACCAAUGGAUAAGCAAUCAGGUUAGUUUAUGAAAUUAAAAUAGGAAAAUAUAAUAUUAAUUUUGUUUAUUUAUUCACUAAUUGUAACAAUAAUAUUUUAUGCUAGAUUAUUAACUUGACCAUUUGCAUGAUGACUUUGGAAGAGAAAAAGUAUGGAGCACUAUAUGCGUGGCAUUUGCCAACACAUUUCUCGCAAAAAAUGAUUGAAGAAGAUGGUAAUCCCACACUGGAAUGGUUUAAAAGGACAUAUAGGGACGAUGACAAGUAUAUGUCAAGAUUGAUGUGUUGUGAACAGAUUUAUAUCCCUAUGAAUGACAAUAAUAGUCACCGGUACUUAUGUGUCAUUGACUUCAGUUCAAGAAAAAAAUGUAUACAUAUAUUGGACUCUUUGCCAAGCACAACUAGGCAAGACAUUCGAAUAAAAAACGUGCAAACAGCGAUACUGUCUCUUUUUCUAUUGAUUUCAAUAAUAAUUUUGAUAUGUGGUUUUCUUAAGUUUUGUACUUAAUAAUUGCUUAUAAUCUCACUUUGCGAUAGGUAAAAGGCCUCGAUAAGUUAUUGAGUUAUCUGGAGAAAGAUAGCUAUACUAAUAGUAUUACCAAAUUUCCAUUGAAAUCACCCCCGUUGGAUCCUAUACAAGAUAAUGGGUAUGAUUGCGGCAUGUAUGUUAUUAAGCACAUGCAUACAAAAAUUAUCAAACAGAAUCUAACCUUGAUGGAGAGUUGGUCGAAACGUAUUCAAUACAAGUUGGCAUCAAAUCUAGUGCUUUCAAUGGAAAAUGAACAACGUUCGAAAAUAAUAGAAAAUGCUAGGAAAACUACACUACAAGAUAUUUUUCGGUCAUUGGAAUGACAUUGAUUUGUAUAAUUUGAUAACUGAAUUUUUUGGAAAAUGCUACAAUUUAUUGAAUUUUAUUUUUGAUUGAAAGGGAGAUUGAAUUU